AUGACCGAUCAGCCUCUCAAGCAAAUUCUUUCAAAGCCUGAGGCAUCGGGAAGAAUGGUGAGGUGGGCCGUGGAACUGUCCGAGUACGACCUCAGCUUCCAACCCCGCACGGCCAUUAAGGCCCAAGCAUUGGCAGAUUUCAUAGCCGAAGGAGUCUCCUUCGGACAGCAGGAAUCGCAGGACGAGCUGACCAGAGACACAGCUAAGGCCGAGCGGGCCGGAGAAGCUGCCGAGGUCGCGCAGGCCGCCAAGUCCGAACUGAUCCAAGACGCAGCUGAGACCAGGCAGGCCGGAGAAGCUGCCGAGGUCACGCAAGCCACUAAGACUUCCAAGGCCGAACAGACCAUAGACGCAGCCGAGGCCAAGCAGGGCGGAGAGCCUGCCGAGGUGAUACAGGCCACAAAGGAAGCCAAGGCCGAGCUGAUCGGAAACACAGCGGAGGCCGAACAGGCCAGAAAUGCUGUGGAGGCCGAACAAGCCAGAAAUGCUGUGGAGGUCGAACAGGCCGCCGGAAAGGUAGGUCAGUCCAUUCCGACCUGGACACUGUUCGUGGAUAGGUCGUCGAGCAAGGAAAGAUGCAGAGCGGGACUUCUAUUGACCAGCCCCAUGGGGGAUGAAUUGGCCUACGCCCUGAGAUUUGAUUUCAGGGCCUCCAACAACGAGUCCGAAUACGAGACCCUGGUCGCGGGGAUGAUGAUAGCUCGAAAGUUGGGGGCCGAAUCAAUAGAAGUCUACAGCGACUCGCAACUGAUAGUAAAUCAAGUAGGGGGAAGUUAUGAAGUUAAAGAGGAGCCACUAAGAAAGUACGUCGCCAAAGUGCAUGAGUUGAGAGCUCAGUUCAAACUGUUCACGCUCAAGCAGGUCCCGCGAAACCGAAAUAAGAGGGCAGACGCACUGUCCAAGCUAGCCUCCACCUCAGUGGGCACGUUGAACAAAGAGGUCUUGAUGGAGGUCGUCAGGAAUCGGGCGUAUGAUCAGCUAAAGGACUCAAGCCGGGUGGAGGCACGUAGGGUCCUCCUCAAGUCACGGGGAUACGAGCUCUCGGGUGGGGUACUUUACAAGAAAUCCUACCUGCGUCCAUGGCUGAGGUGCAUAACUCCGGAGGAGGGAGACUACAUCCUGCGUGAGCUGCAUGAGGGUAUCUGUGGGAACCACGUCGGUCCGAGGGUUUUGGCCAAAAAAGGAAUGCUGUCUGGAUAUUACUGGCCCACCAUCUUCCUGGACUCGGCCGAGCUGAUAGACCUAUUGGGUCCGUUUCCCCGAGCUCCUGGGGGCUAUGAACACGUAGUGGUGGCUGUGGAUUAUUUCACCAAGUGGGUGGAGGCCGAGCCCCUAGCCACCAUUAGCAGCAGAUCAGUCCAGAAUUUUCUUUGGAGAAACAUCGUCUGUCGAUUUGGUAUACUUCGGGUCCUGGUCUCAGACAACGGACGACAGUUCGCUGACAGUUCUCUCCAAGGCUGGUGCGCGGAGCUUGGAAUCCGGCAGCACUUCACCUCGGUAGGUCAUCCUCAAGCCAAUGGACAGGUCGAGAACGUCAACAGGACAAUCCUGCACGGCUUGAAGAUGCGAAUGGAGUCCGCCCGAACUGGGUGGCUGGACGAGCUGCCUACCAUACUGUGGGCUUACCGAACCACUCCCCGAACUGCCACCCAGGAGAUUCCUUUCGCUCUUACCUACGGGGCAGAGGCUGUGAUUCCUGCCGAGAUAGGUGUCCCUUCAGACAGAGUCCAGAAUUUCAUAGCUCUGGACAAUGAGGACGAGCUACGUCUUAACUUGGAUCUGCUAGAGGGAAGGAGAGAAGAAGCGGCCAUACGUAUGGCUAAGUACAAAGGACAGAUCGCGCGACACUACAAUGUUAGGGUAAGGCCUCUAUCCUUCAAACCAGGAGACCUGGUCUUGAGGAAGAAUAGCGUGAGUCGGCUUCAAGGCACGGGCAAGUUGGGCCCAAAUUGGGAAGGUCCCUAUGUGGUGAAAGAGGCAAAUCGAGCUGGAUACUGCAAGUUAACCCACCUCAGCGGGGAGGAGGUCCCGCGUACCUGGCACAAUUCCAACUUGAGGAUUUUCCAUUAA